AUGGCUUCAUUCUUGACUCGAGGCAAAAAGAUUGUUGCAAUCGGCCGCAACUAUGCUGCGCACGCCAAGGAGCUCAACAACGCCGUGCCCACCGAGCCGUUUUUCUUUCUCAAGCCGACCUCGUCGUACCUUGCUAACAACGGCACCGUCGAGAUCCCCAAAGGCAUCGUUGCGCACUAUGAAGUCGAGCUCGGCGUCGUCAUCGGCUCAUCCCGCGUUCGCGAUGUCUCGGCAGCCGACGCAAUGAAGCACGUCGCUGGCUACACGCUGUCAAUCGACAUGACGGCGCGCAACUUGCAGGACAAGGUCAAGUCCAAGGGCCUCCCCUGGUCCUCGGCUAAAGGCUUCGACACGUUCACCCCGACCUCAGGGUUCAUCGACAAGUCUCGUGUUCGCGACCCCUCGAAGCUCCGAUUGUGGCUCAAGGUCAACGAUCAGAUCAAGCAGAACGGUCCGACGAGCGAUAUGAUCUUUGACAUCCCGCAAUUGAUCGAACAUGUUUCGUCGAUCAUGACACUCGAGGAGGGCGAUCUGCUGCUGACGGGUACGCCGUCGGGCGUAGGCGAGGUCAAGGACGGCGAUGUCAUGCACUGCGGUUUGGAGGAUCAGUCGAGCAACUUGCUGGAACAGCUCAAGGUCAACGUGGCCAACCGCGUCGGAGGAUACGAGUUCAAGCCCUGA